CGAGGCGAGGCGAGGCUGGCGAUAGGGCGAGAGGACAAAUGGAAGUUGCGGGCGGGAUGACCGGCAGACGUAGUCUGGGGCGGCCGUGGGAGUCUGGCUUGUACAGGAAAUGUUUUUCUGUCUGCAGCCCGGGCAGCGAAGAUGGCAGAUAAACCAGUAAGUGGGAGGUGUUGCCGGCAGGGCUGGUCUUUAAGGAUCUGAGAGCGGAGUGCAGAUAAAUUGGGGGACUUGGGUGGCUGGAAGGGGAAGCGGUCUGGCUGGAGAGGAGGAACUGUCUGUCUUUGCACUCCUGUGAGUGGAUCUGGGGGUCCUCAGGGCUGCAGAAAGUGGCAACAGCUUUAGGGGGUGGGUUAGGCAAGCGGGGAGGAACUGUCUGUCUCGGCUGAGUGGCCACUGCAGCUGGCACAAUCCUCCAUGCACAGUGGCAGACUACCUCUCUGUGCUCCAGGCUGGGGACCUGCUCACAAGCAGGCUGCUGUUGGAUCCCAGCCUAUCAGCCUUUGGCCUGCCCUGGCUGUGGGCGGAAUCUGCCCUGGUCUGCUUCGGAGCAGGACUGGGGGCCCUAAAGUCACACCACAUGGGGGAUUGCUUGGUGUUAACUACUCAGGGAAAGCUCUUUUUAAAAUGGAGCUUAACUGUGGCCCGUUGUUCUUCCUUCCAGGGUUGUGACGGCCACACGAACAGUCUGGUUCACAUGGCAUCAGUCAAUGCGACUCCUCCUGGCUCUUUGGAUGUAAACCAGCCAGGGUUCCCCAGGGAGAUUCUGGGCACCGAACUAGUGGGCAAAUACCUGUGUUCAGAGUGCAGGAACAUUUUACGGCGGCCGUUUCAAGCCCAGUGCGGUCAUCGCUACUGCUCCUAUUGCUUGAAGAAAAUUCUAAGCUUGGGGCCCCAGAAGUGCGCAGCCUGCAUUCAAGAGGGGUUGUAUGAAGAAGGUGCGUCGAUCUUGGAAACGGGGGUGGCUUUCCCAGACAACGCAGCUCGGCGGGAAGUGGAGAGUCUCCCGGCCAUCUGUCCCAACAAGGGUUGCGUGUGGAAAGGGACAAUCAAAGAAUAUGAGAGCUGCCACGAGGGGAACUGCCCGGCCAUGCUGGUUGCCUGUCCUGCGUGUCAGGGCCUGGUCAGGCUGAGCGAGAAGGAGCAGCACGCCAACCAGGAGUGCCCCGAGAGAAGCCUCAGCUGCAAAUAUUGCCAAGCCCUUUUCCACUUCUCCGAAAGCCAGGCCCACGACGCAGCGUGCCCCAAAUUUCCUCUCACCUGCGAGGGCUGUGGAAGGAAGAAGAUCCCCCGGGAGAAGUUCCUGGACCACGUCAAGACCUGCAGCAAAUGCAAAGUCCCGUGCAGGUUCCAGCCAGUCGGCUGCACCCAGCUGAUGGAGAAUGAGAAGCUUCCCGAGCACGAGAGGAGCUACCUGGGGGAGCACCUCUGCAUGCUGCUGGGCUUCGUGCUGAGCUUGGGCUCCGCAUCCAGCAAGCUGGAGCCCCUGCUGGGCCGCCUCUCAGCGGAGGCCAGCUGCACCCUGGCAGGGGGCAAGCCCCUGGUCCCAGAGGGAGAUCUCCCCAGCUCCCUGGAGCUCUUGGGGAAGUGCGAGGCCCUGGAGAGGAAGACGGUCACUUUCGAGAACAUCGUCUGUGUCCUCAACCGGGAGGUGGAGAAGGUGUCGCUCGUGGCCGAAGCCUCCAGCCGGCAGCAUCGCCUCGACCAGGAGAAGAUCGAGGCCCUCAGCGCUAAGGUGCGGCAGCUGGAGAGGAGCAUUGCCUUGAAGGACCUGGCCCUGGCUGAGAUGGAGCACGCCAUCCAGGAGAUGGAGGCCGCCUCCUACGACGGCAUCUUCAUCUGGAAGAUCACCGACUUCGCCAGGAAGCGGCAGGAGGCAGUCACGGGACGCUCUCCGGCCAUCUUCUCCCCAGCCUUCUACACCAGCAAGUACGGCUACAAGAUGUGCCUGCGGAUCUACCUCAACGGGGACGGCACUGGGCGUGGCACCCAUUUGUCUCUCUUCUUCGUGGUGAUGAAAGGACCCAACGACCCCCUGCUGCGAUGGCCUUUCAACCAGAAGGUUACCCUGAUGCUGCUGGACCAGAAUAACCGGGAGCACGUCAUUGAUGCCUUCCGCCCUGACGUGGCCUCCUCUUCCUUCCAGCGGCCCGUCAGCGACAUGAACAUUGCCAGUGGCUGCCCGCUCUUCUGCCCCAUCUCCAAGAUGGAGACCAAGAACUCCUAUGUGCGUGAUGACACCAUCUUCAUUAAAGCCAUUGUAGACCUCACGGGCCUCUAACACAUUGCCCGCUGGGGUCUUGGAGCGCAGAGCUGCCCCCUGUGGGGGCUGGAUGGCCACAUGGGGCAGCAGGCGAGAUGCCCCCAGGGUAGUGAGGGCCUGCCAGACCUUCUCUUGGCCCUGGAAGUGCCCCAUGGUCUGGGGAGGCCCUUUAGUGAGGUGCUGUUUUGAAGGACAGAUGGGUCCUGAGGAGGGGCCUCUCCUGGUUCCAACAUGCUCUUUGGAUUCUCCCCUGCCUGCCGAGUCUGCAUUUCUCUGGGGGUUGGAUUGCUGUUGGGCGGACUGGUGGGGGGUGCUGUCCAGGCCAGAAGCGGAACUGAGAGUGGCUGGACACCCAAACAAAGCUCUAGCAGCUGUUCCAGGCAGUCUGGCAGAGCCCGGUGAAGGAGAUUUGGGGGGUGGGGGGGUGCUGGGUGCUGGCAGCUGAGCUGCUCCUGUCCUGCAUGUGUUUUCAGCCCCCAAACAACUCUUCUUACCCCAAUCUCUUUCUCUGCGGGUGGGCAGUUGCCAGAGAAGGCAUGCCAGCUGAGAGGGAACACAAGAGUUUGUGGGCAGAGGUUAAGCUGGGGUGGGGAGAGGACCUUCCUCCAGGGUUUCCCAACAAGAGCAGGGGGAAAUUGCUUCACACCUUGGCUCUUUCAAGCACCCUCUUCCCUAAACCGCUGCAGGCAGCAAUGAGGAGGCCUGGAUAGGCGGGGGAGGUGGCAGCCCGGGGCUUCCCCAGAAGAGAGUAAGGAAGCUGUUGGGCACCUUUGAUCAAGGAGCCUGGUUUAGGCAGACCCUGGCUACGUUAAAGAGGAACAGCAAGCCCACGGGGAGGGGGAAUCAGUGGCCCCCCACUCACGUGCACACAAGAGAGAAGCACACGUGUUGCUUGGCUGCUGGGGGCUGGCUGUGGGUUGGCAGGAACUGGUGUACGGAGGGGUGUGCGCUCCAUCCUCCAGCCAGGCUGGCAGCAUGGACAGUUGGCAUGUUGACCUCCCCCUUCCUGGGGGUGCGAUGGGGUGAGACAAGCCUCUUCCCUCCUUCAGCAGCUUCAGCCCCUUUGCAGCACCUGUUCUGGGGGAGAGAAAUGCAAGGCCUUCCCAGUGCUGUAGGACAUCCAGGCGCCCGUCAUGCAGAGCUGUGCCUUCUCUGGAGUUAAUGAAGUUGCCACUUUUUUUGCUUCUGGAUGAGGCCCAAUUCUGGCAGAGUUCGUGGUGCCUUCAGCAGCUGGUGCUUGGCAGGGCCGCGUGUGCUCCUAUACAGUCCUGCAUGCCAGAGCCCAAGGUCGGGCCACAGGAGCGGCUCCUCUUGUCGGGGCACCUGUAGCGGGAGGGCCGAUAUCUUGCUUGGAGGUCCGGCUCCCUACUGCGGGGGCGCAGGAAGCUGAGCAAAGGGGCUCCUUGGGGGAGAAGCAAGAUCUCCCGCGGGGGGAGAGAGAGAGCGGAUUUUGAUUGUAACACUGAAAGUGGUCUUCCCUGGGCAGGUGCGAAAGUCGAAUAAAAUGUCAUAGAGGCGAAUUGUGCUUUGCUCAUAUUUAAGGAGAGGAGGUCUUCCCCCCUCGGUACUGGGUUGCCAAGCAGCAGGCCCAGGGUGGUUGUGCCCAUAAGCUCCUCUUGACUUGUCCCCAGCUUCACAGCCCCACCAUUUAUGGGCAGCUCCAAGGGGCACCCUGCAGAAGAGCAGUCCUCCAUGUGCCUUCUCGGAGGCAAAGCCACCCUGUUCAGUUCAUUGCCCAUCCUGGGCCUUAGUCAAUCGAAGCCCCCCUGCAAGCAGUUUGCAAAGAUGCUCAAACAGGAGCAGCAACUCAAGCAAAGUUUAUUAAGACCAAGCCAUGCUGUGCCAGGUAUCCAAGGUUGGUGGGAGCUGGAAGCUGCCUGACCCCCCCCCCAAACACAUUCUUGAGCAGAGGUGAGGGCUAAUUCCAGAGCUGCAUCUCCAGGGGUCAGAACACCUUUCCACAUACACCACACACUUGGACACCUUUCUACUUCACAAAGCUUUACCGGCAUCUCAGUGUUACCCACCAGUGCUAUUCACACUGGUUGUGUCUUCAUAUCUAGCACCCCCCCCCAAA